UCAGCAUCCCACGUUUGGCAUCAUGGACGUGUCGCUUGAAGAUUAUAUCGUUGAUAACAACGUCAAUUUUCAAGUUCAAAUAAGUAAUCCAAAUGCACUGGCCAACAGAGGUCAGGACAGAGGUCGUGGUCGUGGAAGAGGUCGUGGCCGAGGACGCGGAGGAUUCCAGCAACGUGGUGGACUCUACACUUCAAAAACACAGAGAAAUCAAGGAAAAUUUGUUGCAGCUGCCAAACCCAUAUCAGUGACAGUUAAAAAUAACUUUGAUGCAAGAGACACUAUUGCAACAAAAAAAAGACCACUGGAUGCCAGAAAUAAACUCGUUGCUAAAGCCAAGCUCAGUGAUGCUAGAACAAGAAUAUCAAAUUUGAAAGGAGGUAGAGGUGGCUUAGUAAACAAAGGACAAUCUAAUAAAGGAUCAGAUGCUAGAGCAAUGAUCCUCGCCAGAAAGAAUGCGAAACAACUUACGCCUGCAGGUAACAGAACUGGAGUUGGCGCUGUACAGUCUACGUCAAGUAAUCUUCUGCGAACUGUGAAUCAGGAUGUGUCUUCAGGCAAUUUCCAGAUAACAAGAAAGGUGCCUGGGAACCAGUCUGGUGUUCAAAUCUCUGGUAACAAUGUCCUCAUCACCCGCACACUCCAUGGUUCCGCGUCAGAGUCCGCUGACGGUCCACUUUUUACGAAGACAAUCAAUAAUCAGCAGUCAAAUGUACGAGGACCAGUGAUUCAACUCCAAAAUGAAAUGUUCCAGGCUCACCCACGUACACAGCCCAUGUACAGUCCGGCUGUGUAUGGUGAGAUGGAUGACGUUGACCCGUGGGCACCAAACAGUGGCUAUCCUAGUGAGAAAACUUUAACAGUGAAAAUGCCACAGAGCCAGCCACAUUUUAGUAAAGUUCCGCAACAAAAAUUUCAGUUAAACAAAAUUACGUUUGAUAGUCAAAGAACAGUACCUACAACACCAAUAUCUCCGCCCACAGCCAUGAAACGAAAAGCAGUCGGGGAUAUGCUAUCGUUGACGACUGGUAAACAAUUACGACUUGGUGGUGUGGUAACCACAACAAAACAGACACGACCAGUUACACAAGUGUCACAAGUGUCACAAUCUGCACCCACAGUCAUUAAAAGAACAAAAGUGAUGAAACCAACCCCUGCUCCAGUUGUAGUAGAAGAGGAGGAAGAUCCUGAUGUGGUACUCAGUCCACUACAAGGAUACAGAAUCCUGAUAUCCAACCUGCAUGUUAUUGUUACUCAAGAUGACAUCAUUGAGCUGUUUGGUGCCAUUGGCCCAAUGAAGCGAGCUCGUCUGGUGAAGCCUGGUACAGCCGAGGUGGUGUAUGUCCAGAAAGAGGAUGCCCAGAAAGCUGCCCAGAAAUACCACAACAGGGAGCUGGAUGGUCAGUCCAUGCAAGUGAAGCUCAUAACACCAGCCAAAGCACAAGUCAAACAGGUCGCAGAUGUCAUCACCCCACCAUCGCAGCCAGCGAAGGAAAAGGGAGGUCCUCUCAAACUUGGACAAAACAUAAAGAAGAAUCCAGGAGGAGGAAAUGUUGAACUAAACACACUGCAUCGGGCACUGUUUAAAACACAAGCAAGCAAACAGAUUAAACCUGUCACCUUCACUGUCAAGAUUUAGUGAUCAUACACAUGUAUCUCAUGCUGUCAUUUUCAUGAAUUACAUUUUUAUCAUCUAUUAAUCAGUAGGAUGUGUUAUUUACACCGUGCUAUUCACAUUUAGAAAGCCAAAGCUUGAUUGUUGAGUGAAAAAAGUUUUGAACUUUUGAGAAACAGACUCUCAUAGUCAGACUUUAGAAACAUUCAAGAAGUCAUGCAGAAGAGGUCAUACUCAGAGGAUACCCAGAAGUACAAAAUCAGUGUGUUUAAAGAAGUACAAAAUGAGUGUGUUUCAAGAAGUACAAAAUCAGUGUGUUUCAAGAAGUACAAAAUCAGCAUACUUGAAGAAGUGCAGUUUCAGCAUGCUUGAAGAAGUGCAGUUUCAGCUUGCUUGAAGAAGUGCAGUUUCAGCAUGCUUGAAGAAGUGCAGAUUCAGCAUGCUUGAAGAAGUGCAGUUUCAGCAUGCUUGAAGAAGUGCAGUUUCAGCUUGCUUGAAGAAGUGCAGUUUCAGCUUGCUUGAAGAAGUGCAGUUUCAGCAUGCUUGAAGAAGUGCAGAUUCAGCAUGCUUGAAGAAGUGCAGUUUCAGCAUGCUUGAAGAAGUGCAGUUUCAGCUUGCUUGAAGAAGUGCAGUUUCAGCAUGCAUCAAGGAGUACAUUUUUGGGAUCCUUCAAAGAAAAAAAAAUGACUACCUGUGUUUUUUGUAGCAGUGAACUAGUAUUAGUGUUGAAUUAUUAUAUUUUUCUUAUUGAAUGUCACGCAUGUUAAGACAAUUUUCAAGUUGGUAGUUCAGACACCUGGAUAAAAACUGUGAAACUGUGUUCAUGCAAUUUGUUUCUGAUAUACACAAUUAUUAUGAUUUGCAAAGUAAAUUUUUGGUAGAUUUACAAUGAAUUUCGUGGAAAAAAGGAGCUAUGAAAACAAAUGAUAAGAUAUUUUUUAAGAGAUCAAUUUUGUAAAAAAAAUUACAAAAACUACCAAAAAGAAUAUUAAUUGAAUAUAAGCUUCUGUAAUUUGACGAUACAGAAAAGUAAAGACAUAAAUUUUCAUAUGUCGUCUACUGUUUUUUUUUUUUUUUUUUGACGCUGGGUUAUUUCCCCUUAUAAAAUUUUUGUCUAGAAUUUACUGCAUAGAUGCAGGGUUUAUGAUACCAGUUUCACGAAUGUUUUACUGUACUUACAGUUGAUGCAGUUUCACAGUUAAGUUGGAACAUGCAUAUGAAAAUAGAAUUUUUAACAUCUGCGCCAAUUUCUCAUUUAGAUGUAAUAGAUAUAAACCUGUUGAAAAAGUCAAAUAAAAGAAGCAGACAUAAGAA